AUGGGUUCCGUUAAGGUGUUAAAGACCCUCGGUGUAGGAAAGGGUAUAACAAUGGAGGUUAAAAUCGACGAGUCUGAACCAGAAGAUUCCGUUAAUAGGUACUGCAUGGACACGAUCUCAACCGGAGAGGAGGCAGUUUCUAUCCUACCGCAUUGGCAUAAGUACCAUUCAGAGUACCUCAGUGUUAUUGAGGGGAGGAUAGAACUUAGCUUGGACGGAGAGAAAAUCAUUCUUAGAGCUGGUGAUCCUGCGAUACUUGUCCGACGUCGGGUAGUGCACGGGUUUAAAGGCUUCGUCGGUGAGAGGCUUGUCUUUCGGGAACGGCCCGAUCCCGCAGGCAUGUACAAAGCUCUGUAA